AGAUAAUGAACAUAAAGAAUUUGACUAUUGCCAUGAUCACAGAUUGCCAGAGAAUGACAGAAAAUCUCCUUCGGUGAUAGAAUUAAUGAUGACCACAGUUUAUGAGAAUACUAAGAAGCAAUAUAAGUCAACUGAACACUUUCCAGAACAAAAAGUGCAGAUGUUAAAACCCAGUGUCAUUGAAGAUAAUUCUAUUGAGACACCAAAAGAUGAUCAAUCAGAACAGAAAGUAGCAUUAACUACUUCAAAAUCUAUAAUGGAUAAUUCAAAGAAUUUUGUAAAGGUAAUAUUAAUGGAUCAAUAUCAUGUAUUCUUGGCAGAAAUCAAAUUAAUAUGACUGCUGUUAAAACUUGACAUGAUUGCUAUACAAAGUAGCAUAAUGUUGAAGUGUCCAUACAUGAUAUACACAAUAUAUUUAGUUAUUCAUAAUGAUUACAAGCUUAAACUUCAAUCUAUAUUGUAAUGUUAAGUGACAAAGGUCAGUAUUUGUAGUUUCUAAUGGAAUUACCUUUUCUUUUUCAGGCAAAAUAAGUACUUGAAAAAAGCAAAUUAAGAGUUUAAGUGUUGAAUUGUAGCAUAACAAUUAUAGGUU